AUGGGCUGUUCGAGAAACCCAGUCGAGCGCGUACGACGCUUGUCGAAGUGGCCGAAGCAGCGGACGGGAUGGCGUCGCCUUUUCGUGACAGAAACACGAGACCCAGACGAAUCGCCCGAUGUGUCACCCGACGAGACAAAAGGAGAGGAGGAGCUGACGAUCAAGAAGAAAAACGUACAAGGAAGAGAAGCGGCCGCGUUCACCAGGGACUAUUCGCCACCGCGACCGCAAUCCCUGAAGCCAAAUAACCGCGAUAUCCGCGACGAACCGCUAUCGGACGACGGUGCAGUCGACGACGAGGAUGGUUCUGCCCGACUUAGAGAGAAGUUUGAACCGGUGGCGUCUAUGGCAGUUGCACCCCGUGUGGAGGAACCGGGCGAAGCGAACGACGCUGUCCGGGGUCAAACGACGAACCUCGACGGUCAACCAGUUGUGACACGCGUGGCUCACAAGGAUUUGGAGGCCCUCGUGCAAGAACGUCGCAUCCGGAGCCCUGAGGAAACGGUGGUGUCGGCUGCCCUGAGUAGUAUGGAGCGCCACCGUCAAGUGGAUGCGGCGACGGUGUCUGUGUUGCAAGCCGAACUUGGGUUGAACUGCACCCGUGUGGAAGACGACAAGGCCCACGAGCAGUCGCGAUACGACAGCGCGUUGGUUCAGGCUCGAGCCCUAUUCGAGUCCGAGAAGCGGGAAAUGCUGUUCGGGUCGGAAAAGAACAAUUGCGAACGGAAUUCCUGUGUUUCAAACAUGAACGGCGAGUUGCAGUCGGACCUCAAGAAGAUUGCUGAACCGUCGGACCUUGUGUCUCGGGAGGAACUGCAGUCGGAACGAAAAGUUCUCGAAGAGACGCCCGCCGGGCUCGUCAGUGGUCAGGCUGCGUUAGCUCAAAAACAGGCUCGGCUCAAUGAGGCCAAACGGGGUUGA